AUGGGCAUCUAUCCCACGUUCCUGCCUGCCAGCUAUGGCUGGGGACCCAGUCCAGCCUCCAGUUACCCACUGACCUGCGGCACUGACUUUAGUUCUGAACCCACGUACCGUGUGCGUGGGCAGCGUGCCCGGUCCCGGGGCUGCCCGAGCCCCCCUCGAGAUGUCUGUCCAGCUCAGGACGAGGCAUUCCUGUGGGCAGGAGGGCGAGGCCGGCGGGCGUCUCUGCGCUUCGGCUCUCACCAGGAACUGGGCCGUCACAAAGAAGCCACCCCGGUCAAUGCCCAGCACCGCAGGGGCUGCCGGCUGGGCGGUGGCACCCCGGACGACCCGUGCUGGGAGGGCCCUGCUGGUGGUCCACCCAGCUUCCCUGCCAGCACACCCAGCCUGCACUCUUCCCAGGAUUACCCUUGGAUCCUUCCAGUCACCAUGAAUAUGCAGACGGACAGGGAUGGGGACUCUGGGGACGCCACUAGCACCUGGGAUUUGCAGCCGACAUUUUCAAGAAGGCCAACGUUUUUGUAUUUCUUCCUUAAAGGAGAUGGGAAUCCCAGGGAAAUCAGCCCGUUCAUCAACAAUGUGGAGAUGGAAAGAGAAAGUUACUUUGAAGGGAAGAACAUGGCCCUGUUUGAGGAGGAGAUGGACAGCAACCCCAUGGUGUCCUCACUGUUGAACAAGCUGGCCACCUACACCAACCUGAGCCAGGGUGUGGUGGAGCACGAGGAGGAUGAGGACAGCCGGCGCCGCGAGGCCAAGGCUCCGCGCAUGGGCACCUUCAUUGGCGUGUACCUGCCCUGCCUGCAGAAUAUCCUGGGUGUGAUCCUCUUCCUGCGCCUGACCUGGAUUGUGGGUGCGGCCGGCGUCCUGGAGUCCUUCCUCAUCGUGGCCAUGUGCUGCACCUGUACCAUGCUGACUGCCAUCUCCAUGAGUGCCAUUGCCACCAACGGUGUGGUCCCAGCCGGCGGCUCCUACUACAUGAUCUCCCGGUCCCUGGGGCCUGAAUUUGGAGGCGCUGUUGGGCUCUGCUUCUACUUGGGUACAACCUUUGCAGGAGCCAUGUACAUCCUGGGCACCAUCGAGAUCUUCUUGACUUACAUCUCCCCAAGUGCAGCCAUCUUCCAGGCAGAGACGGCUGGUGGCGAUGCGGUAGCCAUGCUACACAACAUGCGCGUCUACGGCAGCUGCACCCUGGCGCUCAUGGCCGUGGUGGUCUUUGUGGGGGUGAAGUACGUCAACAAGCUGGCCCUGGUCUUCCUGGCCUGCGUGGUGCUGUCCAUCCUGGCCAUCUACGCUGGCGUCAUCAAGACGGCCUUCGCCCCACCCGACAUCCCGGUCUGUCUGCUGGGGAACCGCACGCUGUCGCGACGCAGCUUCGACGUCUGUGCCAAGGUGGAGGUGGUCAGCAACGGGACGGUGACCACCGCGCUCUGGGGCCUCUUCUGCAACGGCUCCGGCUCCAGCGCCGUCUGUGACGAGUACUUUGUAGAGAACAACGUCACCCAGGUGCAGGGCAUCCCCGGCGUGGCCAGCGGCGUCUUCCUGGAUAACCUCUGGGGCACCUACUCAGACAAGGGGGCCUUUGUGGAGAAGAAGGGCGUCCCCUCUGUGCCGGUGCCUGAGGAGGGCCGGCCCAGCGGGCUGCCGUACGUCCUCACCGACAUCAUGACGCACUUCACCUUGCUGGUCGGCAUCUACUUCCCCUCUGUGACAGGUAUCAUGGCAGGAUCCAACCGCUCCGGGGACCUCAAGGAUGCCCAGAAGUCCAUCCCCACAGGCACCAUCCUGGCCAUCGUGACCACCUCUUUUAUUUAUCUCUCCUGCAUAGUGCUCUUUGGGGCCUGCAUCGAAGGAGUGGUGUUGCGAGACAAGUUUGGGGAGGCCCUGCAGGGAAACCUGGUCAUUGGCAUGCUGGCCUGGCCGUCCCCCUGGGUCAUUGUCAUCGGCUCCUUCUUCUCCACCUGUGGCGCGGGACUGCAGAGUCUGACGGGAGCGCCUCGCCUCCUGCAGGCCAUUGCCCGCGACGGCAUCGUCCCCUUCCUGCAGGUGUUCGGCCACGGGAAGGCCAAUGGGGAGCCUACGUGGGCCCUUCUGCUCACGGCGCUCAUCUGUGAGAUCGGCAUCCUCAUCGCCUCCCUGGAUGCUGUGGCCCCCAUCCUGUCCAUGUUCUUCCUCAUGUGCUACAUGUUCGUGAACCUGGCCUGUGCAGUGCAGACUCUCCUGCGUACACCCAACUGGCGUCCACGCUUCAAGUACUACCACUGGACCCUGUCGUUCCUCGGCAUGAGCCUGUGCCUGGCUCUCAUGUUCAUCUGCUCCUGGUACUAUGCCCUCUUCGCCAUGCUCAUCGCCGGCUGCAUCUACAAGUACAUCGAGUACCGAGGCGCAGAGAAGGAGUGGGGUGAUGGCAUCAGGGGCCUGUCGUUGAAUGCUGCCCGCUACGCCCUGCUGCGGGUAGAGCAUGGCCCCCCACACACCAAGAACUGGAGGCCCCAGGUGCUAGUGAUGCUGAACCUGGAUGCGGAGCAGGGUGUGAAGCACCCCCGCCUGCUCUCCUUCACCUCUCAGCUGAAGGCUGGCAAGGGGCUGACCAUCGUGGGCUCUGUGCUGGAGGGCACCUACCUGGACAAGCACGCCGAGGCGCAGCGGGCAGAGGAGAACAUCCGCUCUCUGAUGGGUGCAGAGAAGACCAAAGGCUUCUGCCAGCUGGUGGUGUCCUCGAAUCUGCGGGAUGGCACAUCUCACCUGAUCCAGUCAGCCGGACUUGGAGGCAUGAAGCACAACACGGUGCUCAUGGCCUGGCCCGAGUCCUGGAAGCAGGCAGACAACCCUUUCUCCUGGAAGAACUUUGUUGACACCGUCCGAGACACUACCGCGGCCCAUCAAGCUCUGUUAGUGGCCAAGAACAUCGACACGUUCCCACAAAACCAGGAGCGUUUCAGCGAGGGGAACAUCGACGUGUGGUGGAUCGUGCACGAUGGGGGCAUGCUCAUGCUGCUGCCCUUCCUGCUGCGCCAGCACAAGGUUGAGAACGACAUUUCUGCGUUCACCUACGAAAAGACACUGAUGAUGGAGCAGAGAUCCCAGAUGCUGAAGCAGAUGCAGCUGUCUAAGACUGAGCGGGAGAGGGAGGCCCAGCUGAUUCACGACAGGAACACUGCGUCCCAUGCCACGGCGGCCGCCAGGACCCAGGCCCCCGCUACCCCCGACAGAGUACAGAUGACCUGGACAAAGGAGAAGCUGAUUGCGGAGAAGCACAGGAACAAGGACAUGGGCGCAUCUGGGUUCAAAGACCUCUUCAGCCUGAAGCCAGAAUGGGGAAACCUGGAUCAGUCCAACGUCCGGAGGAUGCACACGGCUGUGAGGCUCAACGGGGUCGUACUCAGCAAGUCCCAGGAUGCCCAGCUGGUCCUGCUGAACAUGCCAGGGCCCCCCAAAAACCGGCAGGGCGAUGAGAACUAUAUGGAGUUCCUUGAGGUCCUGACUGAGGGGCUGAACAGGGUGCUCCUGGUCAGAGGCGGUGGCCGGGAGGUCAUCACCAUCUACUCCUAACGCCUGACGAUGCCAAGGACAGUGCCAGCAGCCUGGAGGCAGGCCGACUCGCCAGGGCGCCACGCCGGUGCGGGCCGGGCUGCUUCCUCCAGACCUGCCGCUGACCAGCGUGCCACCAAGUGGUGCUGGCUUCCUACGGGUAGAACGUGCUCCCAGCAGUGUGAGAGGCGGGCACAGGACUGGGGGUUCCCUGCAAACUUAGUCGUCUAGGGCAAAACGGAGGUUCCUGCCUAGCCACUGGGGAACGGGUCCUUCCCAGACUUCACCCCGGACUCCAGGGUCGCCCGCCCGUAGCGGCCUGGUCCAGUCCCGUAUUAGUCACAUUUUACUUCUACCCUGUGCCCUGCUUCACGGGAAGCACACGGUCCCUUGGCGCUCCAGGCUGAAUGCCAGGCACGCCGUGCCGGCUCCUCAUCGCCUCUAGGCCGGGCGGAGCACCGGGGGCUGCCACCCCUCACCCCACUCAGCACGCCGUCCACAUGGAGCACGCCCUAGCCACACUCCACUGGAAGGCUGAGGGCCAAGCCAGCUGGAGGGCAGCCUCGUGUUUCAGGGGAGAAUGGCCACACGUCGGGCACGUGGGACGCCAGCGGUGUUCCUUUUUGUGGGAACGCAGCCACUUCAUUUCUAAAGCACUGGUGGGUCACAGCCAGAGUGCACUGGGAGACACAGGCAGAAAGUGUUGUGAUGCCCCCACAGCCCCCACCGCAGACGCAGCAGCCCUGAGAGCAGCACUCACACCGGGCCUGCCCACACGGGGUGGCACGGCUCUCCACCCCAGGCUUCAGGGAGACAGCUCAGCCCGGGCACCCUCCAGGCCA